AUUGAUUUUUUAACACUUCUUUCAAUAUUUUCAAAUAUUCAGAUAUCUGCGUUCGAUGCUGGAAGUAAAAGAUGAGCAGCCAACACCAGUACAUGACGGUGAACAACUCCCCCAGCACCAGGGUUGGAGAUAUUGAGCAUAUAAGCCACUUGUCAGAGCACAUUGGGUCUCUCUGCUUAUCCUCAGAGUACUCAGAUGUGACUCUGAUAGUGGAGGGUCAGAGGAUCCCUGCACAUAAGGUGAUCCUUGCAGCCAGCAGCGAUUACUUCAGAGCUCUACUGUAUGGAGGCAUGAGGGAAGCUAAUCAGGCUGAAGUAGAGCUGCAAGCACCUUUACAAGCUUUCAAAGCACUGUUGCGAUAUGUUUAUUCCGGCCACAUGGGGCUGUCGCUACUGCGCGAGGAGACAGUGCUGGACAUGCUGGGUCUCGCACACCAGUUCAACUUCCAGGAGCUGGAGGCCGCCAUCUCCGACUACCUGCGGCAGGUGCUCGCGCUCAGGAACGUCUGCGCAGUGCUCGACGCCGCCAGACUGUAUGGGCUGGAGGCGCUGAUGGACUACUGCUAUAACUUCCUGGACAGGAAUGCAACAGAAAUCUUGCAGCAUGACUCCUUUCUACAGCUGUCUGUUGAAGCGCUGCAAGGUCUGCUGGAGCGAGACUCGUUCUUCGCUCCGGAGGUGGACAUCUUCAAGGCGGUCUGCAACUGGUUUACCGCCAACCAGCAAUGGGUCAAGUCUGAUAGUGGAAUGAUGCAAGUCGAGAAGGUGCUGAAGUGCGUGCGGCUGCCGCUGAUGUCGCUGGAGGAGCUGCUGACGGUGGUGCGGCCGGUGGCGCUGGUGACGCCCGACAUGCUGCUGGACGCCAUACAGGACAAGACGCAGACCAAGAGCACCGACCUGCCGCAUCGCGGCUUCCUCCUGUGCGAGGAGAACGUGGCGACGGCGAAGCUGGGCGCGCGCGUGGUGUCGGGCGACAUGCGCUCGGCGCUGCUGGACGGCGACGUCGACAACUACGACAUGGAGCGCGGCUACACGCGCCACACCAUCAGCGACGCGCCCGACAACCCCGGCAUCACCGUGCGCCUGCCGCACCCCACCAUCCUCAACCACCUGCGGCUGCUGCUCUGGGACCGCGAUCACAGGUCGUACGCGUACUUCGUGGAGGUGUCGGUGGACCAGCAGGACUGGGUGCGCGUGGUGGACCACAGCAACUACUUCUGCCGCUCCUGGCAGAACCUCUACUUCGAGGCCCGCGUCGUGCAGUACAUCAAGAUCGUCGGCACCAGCAACACCGUCAACAAGGUGUUCCACGCGGUGUCGCUGGAGGCGCUGUACACGGCGCGCGUGCCGCCGCUCUGCAACGGGCUGGUGCGCCCCACGCACAACGUCGCCACGCUCGACCUCGCCGCCGUCGUCAUCGAGGGCAUCAGCCGGUCCCGCAACGCGCUGCUGAACGGCGACACGGAGCACUACGACUGGGAGCAGGGGUACACGUGCCACCAGCUGGGGUCGGGCGCCAUCGUGGUGCAGCUGGCGCAGCCCUACAUGCUGGGCUCGGUGCGGCUGCUGCUGUGGGACUGCGACUACCGCCACUACUCCUACUACGUGGAGACCUCCGUCAACUACUGGCACUGGGACAUGGUGGCGGACCGCACGCGCGACCACUGCAGGUCAUGGCAGGUGAUAUACUUCACUCCGCGGCCCGUCUCCGUCAUCCGCAUCGUCGGGACCCACAACUCCGUGAACGAGGUGUUCCACCUGGUGCACCUGGAGUGCCCGGCGCAGGUGGAGGAGCCGCGCGAGGAGCCCGCCAGCGGGAAGAAGCCGCGCCCGGACCGCGCGCUGCCCGGACCUGCAGGUAGUGGCGUGAGUCCGGAGCGCGUGCGGGCGGCGUCCCCCACCGGGUCCGCGCAGUCCGCCGGCUCCACCAGCUCAGCGGGCACGGGGGGCUCGGGGGGCACGGCGGGCUCGGGGGGCUCGCGCCGCAGCGUGCCCCCCGCGGAGACCGCCAAGGAGGCCGCAGAGACCUACGACGAGUGAGACAGCGCCCGCCGCGCGCACUGCCACUGCCUAUGACACUAAUGACACCCCCAACAACCAUCAUAGUGCAUUCAUCACCAAUCCUGAUAGUGUGAAGUGUAUGUGAUUCUAAAAUCUCUUAUGUGUUAACGAAAUAUAUGCGGAUUUUACGUUAAUUUUAUAGUGUCGACAGUGAAUGAAAAUUUAUAAUAUACAAAUACAAGAAUAUUAAACAUACAUAAUCGUUUGUUAACUAAUAAAUGUGUUGCUUCUAACCUUUACAGCACUAAGUAUGUAUAUUUGAAAAAGCCUUGUACUGUCAUUAAAAUGACUAACAAAAUAGGAUUAAGUAUAAUUUUUAUUGCAACGACAUCUUUUUUUAGUUAUUUAGUGUGUAGUCUGUACCUUCUAGUCUCGUUUCGAUGUUAUAAAUUAUUUUUCUUGGUUUUUCCAGUACUGAAAGUUGGAUUAAAAAGAUAAAAUUAUGUAUUAACUUGUAUGUUUUGGCAGAUGAUAUCCAUAUCUAGAUUUCCUUUUAGAAUAUUAAGGACUUUAUAUUGUCUAUUUUGAUUUGAUAAAUGUAACAGUGUGAAGUUUUUAAAUAUUUAUUUUGAUGUGUUCUUAUCAUAUGUUACUUAAGUUGGAUGUCGAAACAUAACAUUGAUUUUCAUAAAUAUAAUUCCAGUUUAUGAUAAUUAGUAUG